GCAGUACUUAAGCCAUCGGCGCGCUCUUCACACCCAAGCUGGUGUGUUUUAGUGGGUUGUAAAGAGCAGUCUGUGUUUAUCGUGCAAUUUUCGUGAAAACAUGAGCUCCAUCAGAAGACCCAAGCAUGCAGAGAAUCCCUCUGUAAACAUCAAGAAGUUCCUUGUAGUACCAACAUCUGGAGCAGGAUCAGGGAGGAGGACGCUGCAGGUCCUUCAGCCGUCUGCUGUCAAUAAGAACCUUGGGCGUAUCAUUGAGAAUGGCAAAGCGGUUCCAAAGAGAAAGAUGUGGAGUGCUGAGCAGGCGAAGGGCUCAAAGAGGGUCAAAGCAGAGGUGGCUGUAAAAUCCACAAGUCCAGAGGAUGAAAACCAGCCUGAGGGGGUCACUCAAGAGGCCUAUGAGCUCAUGAUCAAAGAAACUCCUGGGUCCUCCUACUGGAAGGAGGUAGCAGAAGAGAGGCGGAAAGCCCUGUUCAGUGUUCUCCAAGAGAAUGAAAAGUUGCACAAAGACAUUGACGCCAAAGAUGAACUGAUUGCUCAGCUGAAGAGUGAAAAUGAGGAGUUACAGGAGCUGGCACAGCAUGUACAACACAUGGCUGAUAUGAUAGAAAGAUUAACCGGCAAGAGUCCAGACAGUCUAGAGGAGCUGCGUGAAAUAGCCUUUGAUUCUGAAGACGAGGAAGAACAACAGGAAGAAUAUCCGGAGGAACAACAUGGAGAUGGGAGUGAAGCUGAUGAGAGCCAGGACCGUGUUGAACUGAGCACAGAACAGUCACAUGACCAUAACGUGCCACAAGGAUAAAAC